CCAACCCAACAUGGAAGCAGCAAACUGAACGCUGAAUGUUUUCCGUACAUGGAUAUGUUUUCGUCCUUCCUUCCCUCCGUACCCAAUGAACGGAUCCACAUUCCCUGUUUUCUGGCUCGGUCAGCACUAAGUCACGGCCCCAAAACAACUACGUAGAUGGCAGCUACGACUUGUGGGCAGCGGUGACCAUGGCCAUGACCAUGACUGACGGCGGCCAUCUGGCCCUUUACCCACGCUGUAGCAUUUGCGCAUACAAGGUAUCGAGGCACGAACGGGUAAUCGCACUCUUUGGGAACCAUGAUUCGACAUCUUACCGCGGUCACACUAGACCCUUCCCUUUUCCUCGGGCGGGGGGCAUCAUCACCAGGGUCAAUGGCCGUGAAUUGUGCCGCUAUCCCGAUUGUAAGAGAUGUGCCGUUUCACCCGAGUUCACUCUUAGUCACCAUGACUGCUUCGAGGUCUUCCGGCAACAAUGCUCUGUCAGUGCCUCGGUCGCUUUGGACCGUCUCUGGAUCUUGACUACGUGGAAGAAACCCUGGGAUGGAGCGCAGCCUCGCCAUUUCCCGAUCCCGAUGGUGGACAGGGACACACUGAGGACGAUAUCUCGCUUCUGCGGAUUGCCGCACCUAUACACACUGCCGCUGGAGCUGCUUGAGAUGAUCCGCCAACACACCAAGGACUCGUUUGUGUGGAGAUGCAUCCCGGUAGUACAGUUAGCUGACUGUGCGUCGGCUCUAAAUCCGGAGCCGCUCUUCACCUUCCCGCUUCGAGAUAUUCUCUCUUGGGAGCGUGGCGGGAAGCUUGAACGGGUCAUGGAAACCUGGUCACCAUCACCACCACCGAUACUGAGGUUGACCGUCGACCCUCUUGGCAUUAGCAAAGUCGAACGCCUCCCUGACCCGCCUAGAUAUACAGGCGAAUGUGCUAGUCACCUCGCCUUUAUCGUCGAAGAUGGGACCUUCAUUCCUGAGGCGGUGGCACAGUUCAAGUACGGACGGCUCCGCCUUGGUUUGCCCGUUUGGCUCCGGACGAUUCCCAUUUGGAACACUCCCACGCCGCCGUCCUUAGCUCUUUGCAAAGCCUAUCCCAACGAUCUUACUUCGUGCCAUAUCUUCCAUACGGUAGAGAUGGACAAGAUAAAAGGCAUUACUUUCUUUUUCUCCGGAGGCAAGCUGUUUGGAAUCAAUGUCCACCACUCAGACAAGUCGUGCGCCAUCGACACUUUUGCAACUCUUCCUGGCCGACUUCGCUGGGGCAUUGUGUGGAUCUAUUUGCCGAUAUCACAGCACGACCCUGUCCUCGUUCUCGGUAUCCGGGAAACAGAGAGAUUUCAGAAUGUCCUCGUCAGGACGGCGCUCAUGGGCGACAUCAUCGUUGCCUCAAAAUUCGCAACCCGAAGAGUGGUAAAGGACCGAUGUCUAGCCAUAUCGGCUCCAGUGACAAUGGUUUACAGUGAACCGAAGGAAGGACGCCCGAUCCGUUUCUUCGGCUCCCGCUGCGCCCCGCCCUUGGAUCAGCCUCGUCCCGCGCCAUUCUUGUUGGAAGAUCCCGGCUUCUGGCCAGUUUUUGGCGAUGCGUACUUCUCAUGGGCCCCUCUGUCCGGUGUUUCGUCAACCGUGGUCUUUUACGACCAGGACACCGGGUUCUGCCGAGGUAUCCUGUUUCACUACCUGAAUGGGGGUGUCCGGGCGGUUGGCCAGUGCCGUCUAGGGGUAGACCCGACAGAGAAUGUUGCCCGGCCAGUCCAGCUUUGUUACCGACGCGAUUCGCCUGCUGUGGGGCCCAGCGGGGUGACGCAGGUGGAGUUUACGCAACACGACAUACAGACGCAUCGCGAGGGGUGGGAGUUUCGCUCAAUGAGGGGGGUUGUCAAGUUCUGGUUUACCACCACAUCUUCGUAUCUCGUUGUUCAAGAUUGUGACGAUUGAAAAACUGUUCAUCAUGACUAUUCCUCGACAGACUGAAGGGCAUUUUCUCUCGGAAACUCUUCUGUUCCGGUUUGUGAAGAAGACUCGGUAAACCCUCCU